AUGGUUAAACAAAAGUUUUAUUUAAACCAAAUGAUAAGCCGUGCAAGGCACGACAAAAAGCUUUUUAAAAAAAUCAUGACAUUUGAUAAUGGUAUGUUUUUAACAAUCAUACAAAUAGAAAAGCUUGGUUUAACAAGAACAAAUUACCACCCUCAAAUUAAAAAUGAUUGCAUGUCAAGAUAA